UACUCACCCAGCACCGCAGAGCUCUCAUCCUCUCUCUCUCUCUCUUUCUCGCGCUCGCUUUGCUUCCUCGUCGAGGUCCAAGUUCCUGCAUUGAUGGCGACCGAGGUGGCUGAGACUCCCGCGCCGUUGGCGGAGGCGGUCCCCGAGACCCCCGCGGAGGCACCGGCGGCGCCCGCCGCCGAGGCGAAGCCUACCAAGGCCAAGAAGGCCUCUGCGCCCAAGAAGCGUGCCAACCCGACCCACCCGCCGUACGCCGAGAUGAUCUCGGAGGCUGUCACGUCGCUCAAGGAGCGGACGGGGUCCAGCCAGUACGCGAUCGCCAAGUUCGUCGAGGACAAGCACAAGGACAAGCUCCCGCCCAACUUCCGCAAGCUCCUGCUCGGCCAGCUCAAGAAGCUCGUCGCCGGCGGCAAGCUCACCAAGGUGAAGAACUCCUACAAGCUGCCCGCACGCGCCCCGGCCGCCGCCAAGCCGAAGCCCAAGUCCAAGACCGCUGUGAAGAAGCCCAAGGCCGGUGCCAAGAAGCCCAAGGCCGCCACCAAGCCCAAGCCGAAGCCCAAGGCCAAGUCCCCCGCCAAGGCGAAGCCCGCCGCAAAGCCCAAGGCAGCCGCGAAGCCCGCCGCUAAGCCGAAACCCGCAGCGGCCAAGCCCAAGGCGGCCGCCAAGCCGAAGGCCAAGCCAGCUGCCAAGGCUAAGCCGAAGGCUGCCGCGGCCAAGCCGAAGCCAGCUGCCAAGAAGGCCGGCCGCCCCGCCAAGGCCGCCAAGACGUCAGCCAAGGACACGCCCGGGAAGAAAGCGGCGCCCGCCAAGAAGCCCGCCGCUGCGGCCAAGAAGGCCCCUGCCAAGAAGGCCGCCCCAGCCAAGAAGGCUGCGACCCCGUCGCGGAAGGUGCCGUCCCGUAAGGCGAAGAAGUAGAGCGGUGGUCUUGGCAGGAAUCUAGGGUUUCGUGCUCCUUCGAUUUUAGAUGUUUACUCGUUUUUGCUCUAGUUGUGGGUGGUGCGCGGGGUGGGUUACUAGGUUGUAAAUUUGAUGUCGGAGGCUGGGGUACACAUGGGCAUUCUGUACCAGCGGUGGAAGGCGCCGGCGACGAUGACGAACCAGUGUGUGUUAUUAUUAUUAGAAGACAACGUUGUAUUUCUGUAGCUGAAUUGUUGAGUUGCGGAUAUCAUUGUGCUGCUAAGGUUAAUGUGACGAUAAAGUUAAUGUCAAGAGUUACCUUC